GCCCAACAGUAAUCAAUGUUACGGCACCCAUAACAAGAAACACGGCCGUAGCAGAGUCUCAGACAAAGUGGGCCCAUUGCAAAGCUCUACAGUUCCACAGCCAUACAACCUCUCUGAACCCAGCGAUUUCACACAAAAAAUACACUACUUUAUUUUAAAACUUCCUUUGAUUGAUCCAUUUCACUUAGCCAAUGGAAGAGCAACGAAUCGGAUAUGUUUCCUUUUUUGUGAACAUUGGAUUCUCUGAGCUAUCUGCUCUUCUCUCUCUCAUCCUACUCUGUUCUUGUACAAAACUCCUGUCCUGUAUAAGACUCGCACAGUUAGUACAACCCCCUCCAUUAUUUUAUACAAACUCUCCCAGCUCCCCCCCUGCUCUCCUCGCUUCUCACCCCCACCCUCUCGGGUUGGUCUGAUGCUAUUCUAGCUCUUUGUCCGGAGAGUUGAGCAAAUUUAUGAUAUUGCCCCUCGCUGGACCACCGCCAUGAGCCGGAGCCACCACCAGCAAAACCCUCAGCACCCGAAGCUUAAACCCCCGCCGCGGCCGCUCUUCUCCUGUGGGAUUUUCCGCAACUGCACCCAAGCCGCCCUCAGCCCCACCGCUCCUCCGCCCUCUGCCACAACCUUCCUCCCCUCGCCUUCGCCCCCUCCGCCACCCUCCGCCUCUCCUCCGCGUCCUUCUCCUCCGGUCCCACCACCUCCGGCCUCCGACCCGACACCGACGAUCGAACCUGAUCGCCCUCCCCCUUCCUCUUCUUCGUCGUCGUCCUCCUCCUCGUCUACGUCGCAGAGUUUUACCCAGUGGCGCUUCCCGCUCCACCACCACCACCAUCACCAACCCCCGACGGAGGCCGAUGCCCGCCCGGUCGCGCCGCCCGACUCCGCGGACGACCUCGCCGAGGCCUUCCACGCCGCCAAGAUCCACUUCGCCUCCGGCGCCCGUCUCCCCGCCCUCCGCCUCCUCGAGCGCUCCCUCUUCCCCGACCCCUCCCAGCCCGGCGUCUCCUGCCCCCCGGCGGUGAUGGCCGGCGUGGUGGAGUCAUUGCGUGAUCCAGCUUGGGCUCGGCCGGCCGCGAAGGUGCUUCUGGCGCUGCUGCUGGCGGAGGCGGAGGGAGCGGCGGAGGUGCGAGGGCACGCGCUGGCGGCGCCGGCUUUGGCCGGGGCGGCGGAGAGGAUGGGGGGGAGGGGGCGGGAGUGUGCGAUCGGGGUGCUGACGGCGAUCUACGGUGGCAAGCGUGCGUCGGAGGCGCCGGAGGAGGUGGCGCGGGCGGUGGUGGCGGCGAUGCAGGGGGAGUGCAGCGCGCGGGGGCGAAGAAAAGGGGCGCAAUUGCUCCGCUCCAUGCAGGAGAUCGGACAGCUGGAUCUGGGGAACGACGGGUGGAAUGCGUGCUGAUUCGGGGGACGAUCGGACGGCUGGUGAUGGGCGGUAGGGUGGGGUCCAAUGUGGGUGGGUGUGGCAGUGGGUGUCUGUGUGGGAGAGGAUGAGGGGUAGGUGGUGCGAAAGGGAUGUGACGAGGAGGGGUCAGUGUCAGAGUGUGAUGGAGCCGCUGCCGGUGGUGAUUGCACCCUGCGGUUGAUGGUUUUCGUGAUCCGGUGACGUUUUGGAGGUUUUGUGCAGUGUUUAUUCUCGUCUCCUGUAUUUCACUAUUUUUCACUUAUUUUGGGCUUGUGAUUUAUCUAAAUAUGAUUUCAUCACCAAGUAGUAUGUAAAGCAAUGUGAAGUCCGUAUGAUGCAAAGCAAUGCUACACCCACGAAUAAUUCACAUAUCUUAUUGUAUA